UCUUUCUAAACCAAAUGGUACUUUCCAAAUUGAAUCACAACCUCAACAGUCAACAAUAACAAAUUAAGCUACUCUCUUUUUCCUUACAUCUUUUGUUUCUGUCAUGACUUUGAUGAAUUCGGGUGGUGGUGUCAGGUGUGGGACAUGGUUUCUCUUCUUUCAUUAUUAUUUUGCAGAAUCAAAGUCUGUUCUUUCUGCUCCUCUUUUAAAAUGGUGUUUCAACAUGUUCCGGUAGAUAUGGGUUCUGACCAGUGACAUAUCAUGCAUCUUUGAAAUUUUGUAUUUCCCAGGUCCCAUAUGCAGAAUCUCUUUUUAAAUUUGUUCAACAGAGCAGUGUGUUUCUUUUUACAUGGCAAGGCAGAAAAAGAAUCAAUUUUUAUUUUUUUACUUAUAUCUCCCAAAUCAGCAGUUACCACUACAAAAUUCGAGUUUGAUCUAUGUUUUUCUAUAAAUAAACCAAUGUGUGGACAAUGGACAUUUAAUGGAAUGGGACCUAUUAGCCUUUCUCUUUCACUAUUCAUAUUCACUUGGAUGUGUGCGUAGAUAUUUUCAAUUUUCACUCCUCUGCUCGUGGAUGCAAGUUGCAACACUGGAAUUCAACGUUCCACACUACUUAAACGGCAAAACCACAAAGGUGUCGUGUGGGGAAUCACAUUGUAGAGUUGAUGGGGCAUUUUUCCUCAAUGUUCAAUGGGUUGGCCCGCUCGUUUUCAAUGAAGAAAGGAAGAAAGAAUGGGACAUGUGGAGGGAGGGAAGCUGCUGAAGCAAUGGCAAAAGAAGCUAAGAAAAAUGACAUGAUGUUGUGCAACUCUGGCAAUGUUCAUGUCGAUGGUUCAAACAACUUUGUUUCCGUUUUCUCCAAAAGAGGCCAGAAAGGAGUGAACCAAGAUUGCUGCAUAGUAUGGGAGGAAUUUGGAUGCCAAGAGGACAUGAUCUUCUGCGGUGUUUUUGAUGGGCACGGGCCAUGGGGUCACUUUGUGGCCAAAAGAGUGAGAGAGUCAAUGCCACCAUCUUUGUUAUGUAACUGGCAGGAGACACUAGCCCAAACUUCACUUGAUGAUCAAGGUAUUGAUGUAGAGGAAGAGAAAAGGCAUCAAUACCGGUUCAACAUAUGGAAGCACUCUUACUUGAAGACUUGUGCUGCCAUUGAUCAAGAACUAGAGCAGUAUCGCAAGAUAGACUCAUUUUACAGUGGAACAACUGCCCUUUCAAUUGUUAGACAGGGUGAACUCAUUGUCAUAGCAAAUGUUGGUGAUUCUCGUGCCGUAUUAGCUACAACAUUAGAUGAUGGAAGUUUGGUACCGGUUCAACUAACAGUUGAUUUCAAGCCAAACUUACCCCAGGAGGCAGAGAGAAUAAUUCAGUGCCAGGGGCGUGUGUUCUGCUUAGAGGACGAGCCAGGGGUGCAUAGGGUGUGGUUACCAGAUGAAGAGUCUCCAGGACUAGCCAUGUCUAGGGCCUUUGGUGACCACUGCAUUAAAGGGUACGGUCUAAUUUCUGUUCCUGAGGUAACACAGAGAAAUAUAAGCAGUAGAGACCAGUUUGUUGUGCUAGCCACUGAUGGGGUUUGGGAUGUAAUAUCUAACAAAGAAGCAGUGGAAAUUGUAUCUUCAACAGCAGAUAAAGCUAAGGCAGCAAAACGUUUGGUGGAGUGUGCGGUGCAUGCAUGGAAACGCAAGAGACGGGGCAUUGCCGUGGAUGACAUUUCAGCUAUUUGUCUCUUCUUUCACUCUUCCAUUUCAUCACAACAAGUUCAGCUUGCCACCUUAAAAUAGAUUGUCGUGUAAAAAUGAGCUAGUCAUGUCACAGUUGAUGAUGUUCCAUCGAUGUAACCUUGGUCCAGUUAACAUAAAUUGGUUUAGAAGUGCACCAUACACUUAUUCCUUUCUGAAA